AUCUCUCUCUCUCUCUCUCUCUCUCUCUGACUGACUGAAACUUGCAGUGUGAUCUGAACAAAAGCUUCAGUGCCAUCUUGCGUCUCCUCCUCGGUCAAAACACCCACACACAUCCGUCUCUUGUUCAUCCUGCAGCCAGACAGCUCUUCAGGUUUCUUGGCUGCUGCUGUGCUGCCUCCAGCCUUGCUCACAUUGAUGAUUGGUGAUCCAAACAUCUUCACCACUGACAGACAUGGGGUGUGGUGCAUCAAUACCUAAUAAAUGCAAGGUUGGGGGGAAGGGGAAAAAGCGCAGGAGCAUCAUGCAGGAGGUCGCCGUUUUCGUACCGACAAUCCGCAUUCCGGUGGAUAGUGAAAUUGUGCAUCCACUCAGGGGACUAGUAUCCAAGGAACUCGUCGACCGCCUCUCCAAGUUCCGGGACCGUGUUGUUGCGCUGUCUGAAGAAAUCUAUUGCGCAGAUGUUUCGGAUGUUUCAGAGUUACAACAUGCCCUUGAGGAGUACUUGCCGGUUGUUCUUGGUUUAACAAUGAAAGAAAGCCGUCUUGAAGCAUCAGUAGAAUUCAGAUGGAGGACCUUAGAUGAUGACCAGGAGUGUUGUCUUUCGAGUGCAUGGUAUGAGGUUCUGUCGGUCGUCCACAUGAUGGCGAUGCUUGCAUUGUUUGAGGCCAACCUGAUACUCAUUCCGAAGAACGGCCAAGUUGGAGGUGAAAGGAAGGUAUCAGAAGAUGCAAAGAAGGAUGUCGUCGAUUCUUUGCUCAGGGCAUCAGGAUGUUUAGACUACUGUGUGCAUCGUAUAUUUGUUCAGAUACCAGAACAAGUCAAGAAAAGUUUUCCUAAUUAUUUGAGAGAAGGUAUGCUUGAAGCCAUUUCAAUUCAAGCAUUGGCUCAGUGUGUAGAAAUACAACUUGGAUUGGCUUCAGAGUGUGAGAAGGCAACGUUGUCAGUAAAGAGGAGGUUGGCCUGUGAGCUAGUCAGUUAUUUUUCACAGGCUCACUAUUGUCUGUCAGGAUGCGACACGAGCGACUCCUACGGAAAGAAGCUUCUCCUGUUUCUGAAGUGGAAAUGCAUGGAAGCCAAGGCAGUAGCAUACUACUACCAUGGCCUUGUUCUUGACAAGGGCAACGAGGCGAGCAACCAUAUCAGCGCAGUCUGCUGCCUCUCUGCAGCUGAUGAUAUUGUUGCAGAGAGCAAGAGGGCUUGUUUAAGCUUUUGCUUGGCAAACCCCAUCACAAGGGUACCUCCACCCUGGGGUAUCAUGAGGAAUAUGCACAAGAAAAUUCCAGAUGCCGCGUGCAAGAGAUUCCAGAUGUAUGGAUAUCUUUUUGAACAAGACAAGAAUAGUGCACUUCAAUCCUUACCAGAUCUACCAGAAUUUGCGCUGUCGCUGAGACCUGAAGGGUAUGAACUGCCAAGCACCGAUUCAAUCUGGGACAAUGUUGAUAGCCAACCUCAGGUUCAGAGUCUCAAGGAGCAUCUGGAUGAUGAAGACGAAGUGGAAACAAAAUGAUACUUCAGGCACCCAAAAUGCUUCCUUUUAUUGUACCAUGGAAAGUAGCAUUAGUACUAGUUGACACAUCAAAAUGCUCAGUUCAAAAGUCUUUGGAUUCAGCAUGUGGCAGAGAGCCAAAAAAAAUCAGAAUCUGUACCUGUGUAGUUGAAAGUAUCUAUCACUGAUUAUAAACAGAAUCAACAAUAAUAGGAAAGAAGGGUUGUUUCUUA